AUGCCCAUCCCGGAUGGCAAUGGUGAAGUUCUGUCUCAUUCUAUCAUGAUGAAUAGUCCACGAGUUUAAGAUUUGAUCAUCCAUCGCUCACAACUCAUCAUUAAAAUAGCACUCCACUGUCCACUCUUCAUGUCUGAUAAGGAGUGUGUGUUGGUGGUGUGUGUGCAUAGUUUUGUAGUGUAUUGGUAGAUGAGGAGUCUGGGAUGGUGAGUCAUUUAGAGGAGGUUGAGAAAGUCAGUACAUUAAGAAUUAAAUGACCUCUACUGUACUGUCGUUGGUUAUGCAACAGCUCAUUUGAAUGUUUUAGUGAGUUGAACUUUAAAUGUCUCCCUAAGCUCAGGCCAUGGACUACUGUAAAGAUGGCCAUGUAUAUGCUUUCAGUGCUGGACCAAUACUUCAGCUCUUCUGCGUAUGAUGGAGUGAAACGUAACCCCCUUAUAUGGACUUUGCAAUGGUUUAAGAAAUAUCCGGUUGACCGAUAUGGCCUUUUUGGACACAAUAAGUGACACUGUUACUCUGCAGCACACAGAAGAAUAAAUAAAGAUGUACAACUGCUGCUUUGACUAUUCUGUGAUGAAGGAUUCCAUCAACUAGUUAACGGUUCUCAUGCUGUUUCUCUCUCUCUCUCUCUCUCUCUCUCUCUCUGUGUUUCCAUGGAGGUUGCUUCGAGUGCUGCAUCAAGUGUCUGGGCGGGGUGCCGUAUGCGUCGCUGGUGGCCACCAUCCUGUGUUUCUCCGGCGUGGCCCUGUUCUGUGGCUGUGGCCAUGUAGCCCUCACUGGCUCCCUUACCAUCCUGGAGAACCACUUCUCCAAGGUCACCUCUGACCACGCCAUGCUGACCGACGUGUGAGUGACCGCACCUGACCCCAUGAGUAGUGGCUAGGAGUCCUUGACCCUAAAACUGGCCAUGAAAAAAACAAUGUUCCCUAGUUAUAUCCUAUAAGCUAUAAGUAAGGCCUGGCUAGAUAUCAUAAGUAACCUACUGUUUGACCAGAGUAGAGCAUUAGUAAGAUGCAACUGGUCCCACCCAAAACCCAUACAUCUCGAUCCAGGCAGUACUAAUGGCUAUAUGUCUAUAAUGAUAUCUUGAAGAAAACAAACUACCAGUUAUAUCGUAUAUCAACCCUUUUAAUCUUAGUGAGCUGAACCUCCUAGCAGAGGCAUAGAUAAGCCCUAUCCAUGAAUUACAGGUACUUUUAUAUAGAUAUCCUUUCUUCAAUGAGCUCAUCACGACAGCUAUUUUGUUUGUUUUUUUAUCAGAAAAUAAACCCGUGCUUGCACCUUACCCCAGAUGAGAACUAAUAUGGAGCUUUUCUCUUUUGGCUCCAUUAGUCUAAAGGCAAGAGAGGAGAAAAAUAGAGUAGAGAGAGAGGAAGGACAAGUGUUUUGUGUUGAGGUUUUAAGGGGAGUCUCUGUGAGUGCCCAGUUUAAUUUCAAGUAUCAAGUUUUAAUGUAACAUGUACAAGUGCAGUGAAAUGCCUUUCUUGCAAACUCAAAACCCCACAAUGCAAUAGUCAAUAACAAUGUAUUACUAGAAGAAGAAGAAAAAAAAAACACGAGAAGUAAGAAUAAGAAAUAUGAAAUACACAAUAAAAUGAGUAAAAUGUCUAGAGGGCCGAUCGGUCUCUCAGCAGAUACGCAUCGUCUGUUUACAUGUUCAUCCUACAAAGUUGUUAAUGGUUUAAAUAUUUAUUUUUUACUCAACGACAGAAUUAAUGGUAAUAGGUUGCAAAUUUUACAACCCGAGCCAAAUCUUAAAUGUAUAAGCUUAUGUAAUACAAGCUGACACAUUUACGGUAUUUCCUCUAGCCUCAUGUUGGAGGCUGAAACAUAACAGAGUCAUAUUGGAUUAUCCCUAACGUAAACUAUUCAGCGCGGUGCCUUUGAUCGUGAACGGGACACAGAGAGGGUUUAUACGAUAUGCUCCUAUUUCAGAAUACAGCUGAUGCAGUACGUCAUCUAUGGCAUCGCUUCCUUCUUCUUCCUCUAUGGGAUCAUUCUGCUGGCCGAGGGAUUUUACACCACCAGCGCUGUCAAGGAGCUGCACAGCGAGUUCAAGACCACCAUCUGCGGACGCUGUAUUAGUGGCAUGGUACGUCACUAUCGUCACCACUGCACUGUGUUAACCAAGCACUGAACUUACACCAGACACAAACAACUAACUCACUGCCCUCUUGAACAGACCACAUUUUGUGCAACAAGCUAGUCUUUUAUUUUUAAUGUACUCAACCCGAACCACAUUGACACCUGAGUUCUGUUUAGAUGUGAUCAAUCAAAACAAGUUGAUGACAUAAUGAUGACGUCUGAGCAAAUACUCAGCGCAAAUGGGCACGAAAUUAUGUCCUCCCUUUUUAGGCCUACCGGUCAAAUAGACGCAACAACAACUAUGAAAAUGCCAGUUAUUAUCCAGUUCUUCCUAAUGCCAAUACGAAGCUGUGUUUGCACACGUGUCUUCUCAGUUUGUGUUCUUGACCUACAUCCUGGGUAUUGCCUGGCUGGCUGUGUUUGGUUUCUCCGCCGUGCCCGUCUUCCUCUUCUACAACAUGUGGUCCACCUGCGCCGCCAUGAGGUCACCUGUGGCUAACCUCACCAACAUGGACUCCAUCUGCGUGGACGUCCGUCAGUACGGUAAGGGAAAACCGGAGUUACAGCCAUGGGUCAUCUUCAUUAGGCAGCAUGUGAAAGAAAACAGACUGAAACAGGGAGGGACUAUCUGAACUUUUCCAACUUUUCCCGUUGCAAGCUUUUCUCUACGCUGUGCCCUAAUGAAUAUGACCAUAUCCAACCAGGGUCCUUUCUACCCAUAACACAGCGCAGAUGUUUCCAAUACCUUUUGUGUACAGUAGCCUGUUGAGGCUGUGGAUCACUGAUUUAUAUUGGUGUGUAUCACAGGAGGUUGGUGGCACCUGAAUUGGGAAGGACGGGCUCGUGGUAACGGCUGGAGGGGAAUAUGUGGAAUGGUAUCAAAUACAACAAACACAAGGUUUGAUGCCAUUCUAUUUGCUCUGUUCCAGCCAUUAUUAUGAGCCAUUCUUCCCUCAGAAGCCUCCACUGGUGUGUAUAAAGAUAAUGAGAGGUUUUAGUGGCUGAGAGCCAACACGUUAGUGUGCUAAAUAUUAGUAUAACAAACCACCCAUCUCUCUUGACUAAGAGUUGAGGAGAGACUGACUGCAUCACUUCUUCUUUUUCUAAGAAAUAGGAAUGUUUUGAAAGUCCCAAAUUGUUUGCAUAGUCAACUUACACACACACUUACCCCACCAGACAUGCCACCAGGGGUCUUUUCACAGACCCCAAAUCCAGAACAAAUUCAAGAAAGCGUACAGUAUUAUAUAGAGCCAUUAUUGCAUGGAACUCUGUUCCAUCUCAUAUUGCUCAAAUAAACAAAAAAUACAAUAAAGCACCACCUCACGGCACAACGCCUCUCCUCUAUUUGACCUAGAUAGUUUGUGUGUAUGUAUUGAUAUGUAGGCUAUGUGUGAUGUUUUUAAAUGUAUGUAGUUCUGUCCUUGAGCUGUUCUUGUCUAUUAAUGUUCUGUAUUAUGUCAAGUUUCAUGUUUUGUUUGCACCCCAGGAAGAGUAGCUGCAACUUUCGCAACAGCUAAUGGGGAUCCUAAUAAAAUACUAAAUACCACUUUUCUCUGGCUCGAUAUCCUCCCUGUCUCCUCUCAGGCCAGGUUUUAUAGCAACAAUAAGACAUUAUAACGGCCUGAAAUGUUCAGUGUGUCACAUUGUACAGGUUUGAUACACUCCACUCUACAGUCAUGACAUUUUAAUGGAGAUUUAAUCUAAGUUAUAACCAUUCUGUAAAUUCUAAUGGGAUAUGUGACUAUGGCCCAUUAAGGAUGUUUCUCUGGUUCCUUUCCUGCGUAUCUAUAUGAAUUAUAUGAAUAGGUUUUCUGAAGACAUGAUGUGAGGAAUUUGCUGUGUAAAUAUUAACCUUUGAAUUGAACGACUGUCUGCAGGCAUCAUCCCCUGGAACGCCACACCAGGCAAGGCUUGUGGGUCCGCACUAGGAGACAUCUGUAGUAGCAGUGAGGUAAGGCUUCUCUCCUCUCAUCCUAAUUCGCCGGUUACAUACUGUACUGGCCACAGAAAAACAAUAAUUUGUAUUCACAAUGAGUUACUGUACUAUGGUACUGUGUUCAAUCACAUUAAUCCCAAUGUUUUUUCUUGUCUUUCUCAGUUCUACCUGUCCUACCACCUGUAUAUCAUAGCAUGUGCUGGAGCCGGGGCCACUGUCAUUGCUCUGAAGCUCAAAUCGGCGGGAAGCGACUAAGAGCCGAGGAGAGAGAGAGAGAGAGAGAGGAGAGAGAGCGAGAGAGAGAGAGAGAGGAGGAGAGAGAGAGCGAGAGCGAGAGAGAGAGAGAUGAGCGAGAGAGAGAGAGAGACGCGAGAGAGAGCGAAGCGACGCGAGAAGAGUAGACUCGAGAGCGAGCUCUGCGAGCUCGCAGAUCUUCUAUCCUCGCUCGCUCUCGAGCUAUUCUCAGUCUAUCUGCUCUCUCUCUCUCUCCUCUCUCUCUACUCUCUAUCUCUCUCUCUCUCUCUCAUCCUUAUCCUUUCCCUCAGUCCAUCCUUUCCAUUUGUAUCUGACUGUGGAAUCCAGUGCUCCUCUCCUCAUUUCCCAUAUGGUUUAUAUAACCUCUGACUGUAAGGCAGAUUACACAUAGGCUUUUUCACAACUCCAAUCCCAUUCUCUGUAAACCAUCUGCUUAGAUGCCCCGGGCCCCAGUCUUAUUUUAGGAAAGCGGAAACAGGGUGGAUGUUUGUCCUUGAUUGGGACACAUGGCAAUGUUUAUACAGUAUCAAUGGGAAUCUCUGCAAGGAGAUAAACGUGGAGACUACAUCAUUCUUUGAACUAAGGGCACCCCAUUUCCGAAGAGUAUAGAGUCCCGUCUUGGGUGUUUUGAAAACAAUGAGUGUGACAGAAGAGGAACAUUCUCUGUCAAGGCCAUUUUCUUCUCUGAUUGCUUCCAAAGAUAGUUUCAUAAGUUUCCACUUAACUCACAUCUGAAAGUGACAAACAGGAAUAUUUUACUAAUACUUAUGUUUUUUUUUUACAAGUAAAAAGUUGAAACAUCAGUUGUUGCCAUGAACAUGCAUGUUCCUGGAGAGUUCCCUUACCGCCUGUAUUCUGUUCUCUUCCACCAGCUGAUCUACAUGAUGGCUACCACUUAUAACUUUGCCGUUUUGAAGUUUAAGAGUCGAGAAGACUGCUGCACUAAGUUUUAACUGGUGUUCAGAGACACGGCACAGUCUAGGACACUGCUCUUAGUAGACAGCAGUGACUUUACUACAUGGACUAAAAAAAAACACAGAAAAUAGACAGCAACAUAUCUCCAUUAGUCUUCACCUAAAGUGUAAAUAGCUGAUUGUAUGCAUCCUUUAGCAUGUGAUAUCCAGGGAUAGGCCUUCCUGAAGGACCAACGGUACCUGAGGAGAGUUGUCUUACAAAUGGGGUGGUGUAAAGUUGGCAGAGUUAUGCUUUUCUCCAGAUCUUGUUAAGAUCUGAUUAGGACAAUAAAUCAGUAAUAACUCCGUUAAAUGACUAGCACUCAGACUAAUAAACAGUAGGCUUGGAGGAGGAAGACAACAACAAUACUGUAUUAUGGAGGAGUCAGUGCCAUGACGAUUGCGCUUAAAUAUGGGGUGGAAAAAGUAUUUGUUUUUGCUAAUAUUUAAUUAGUCAGAAGACCAGCCAGGCUUGGAAAAGUGCAUUUUCCCCAUUCAUGUUUUAGGUUUGAUCGUGUGUACUUUUGUAUUUUCUUGGUGCAAGCCACAAAGAGUUACACAGGGAAUGGUCAGUAUUACAAGCCUCUGUCACAAACUAGUUCCUCAAUCAGAUAUACAGUAGAUAUAGACACUCUUCAUCUGUAAGAUGACAUAGACAAGAUGAACAGCAUUUCAAAUUUAACUGCACAUAUAACUGCACAUAUAACUAGUAUUGUGAAAGGUUAUCCCAGUACCAGGGGUAUAUUUUCGAUCAAGGUAUAUAGCCUCAGUUUAUGACUUCAUAUAUUUUCUAAAGGAAGUUUUCUUAUUUUAGAGGAAUAAUGUAAUUGUUAUGUGACCUGAUGCCUUCAUAGCUUCAGCUGAUAGUUUCAUGUUUUGUUUCAUCCUUUUCUUUGACUCAUCCAGAAACUGCCAUUCAAUUGCUUUUUUUUAACACUGAGUCUGCAUGCUUACUUUAUUUUAUUUGG